CAUCGAAGACCAUCAUAGUCAACUCAUUAAAAUCUACGAACGACUCGUGCUUUAAUUGCAACGAAGAUAAUUUUUCCAGUUAAACAUAUUUAAGAAAAAUAUUAAUAAAAUGCAGCUGGUGAAGAAAAGUGCAACAUAUUUGGUGAUAUUUUUGGUAUUGCUUGCCUUCUGCACACAGGAAUCGGAAGCGACUAGACGUGUGAUGCGCGGACGUAGAACACUUACACGUCGCUAUUUUACUGGCCUCGCUAUUCCUGGUUGGCUACUGGCCGUACUUAUAGGCAUUGGUGAGCUUGUACUUGGCGGAGCACUCUAUUUGGCAUUGAAUCGUUUUAUACUAGCCAAGUCAGUACAGGAAACGAACACCUACACACCAGCAAAGCAAAGCAAUGAAGUUUAAACCAAAAUUUCAAAUACAUAAUUUGUUUAGCGAAAUACAACACAAAUGCCGAUCAUUACAAAAAAACUAAGUACCUAAAAUGCUAACAAUGCAUUGUGUGAAAAAAAACCUGCUCAGGAUGAACGGAGUAACUUCACAGCUGCCUCAAUUAUAUAAUAGUAUAAGCAAUAAAUUAAUUUUAUGGCGUUUUCUUUUCUAGUAUUAAUGUUGCAUUUAUUCUGCCAAGUGUGUGUUCUUUUCUCAGCAUUUGGCGCAUAGAAACAUUUACUUAAUGAUGCCACAUUUGCAUUGAGAAAAUAAAACAUUAAUGACAAUAGUAAUAACUAAUCAGAACAACAACAGCAGCGAAAACUUAUCAACAGUAUCCACUUUAAGUUAUUUAAUUUUUUGUAUACUUCAUUUAAGUACUUAAAAUAAAACGAUCUUUCUGGAU